GUAGAGUUCGGCGAAAAAGAAUGAGAGGUAGUGUGUCUUAUAUUUUCAUUCUGCAGAAAAAGAAGCCUCUGCUCUUUAUUUUUUACAUGGUCUUUUAUAUCAUAAGCUUACAAAAGCAUAACAUCGCAUGAUCAACAAAGGGGCAGUAUAACAUCAUUUCCCAGAGACAUAAUUUUCCAAGUGACACAUAGUACAGUUCUGCAUGCGCACACAAAUACAAUGAGUUUUUGUUUAGUUGAUUUAAAGUAACAAUUGACUUCAUACUGCUUUACACUUAUGCUUAAUCUUGCAAUACCUUCCACAGUUUUUAUAACAAUUAAUCUUUUUGCAAAACCAUUGCCACAUAGGCUUUGUCCAUCUUGUCCAGGGUGGCCAAGUUCUUGAAGUCCAGCCACUUUGGGUUACAUUAUAUUGUCCACGAUUAUGCCAAGGACAAUUAGCCCAAUCUCUAUACCCAAAGACCAGUAAAGCGCAGCAGUGAGCGGGGUAGACGAGAAGGUUGACCUGUAAUUGGCUGAGAAAUUGGCUGAGAGAACUCACUGCCUUUUGUUUUUCCACUUUUAUGGGAUCAUGUGUGGGUGGUGGUUUAAUCACAAAAGGGCCUUGGUAAAUACCAGGAUUCCACCAUCCUGGUUUUGUUUUCCAUAGUUGAGCUAUUCGUUUUUCCCCUAAGACAACUUCAUGUUGAUCCUCAGGUAAUACACGGGCUGUCCCUACCCGGGAUUUUACCAGGGGAUUAUGAGUAGGACGCCCCCCGUCCAAAGGUCCCUAAAUCUAUAAUGGAAUUUUAUGCUUAUACAUUCUGCUAUACACAGGCUGAAAAUGAAACAGAAACAUAACACAGAUGACAGAGAUAUUCCUGACUUUUCAGGAAUUCUUCGAUGUUUAUGCUAGGGGCAGUGGGUGCAGAGGGGCCGCCCUUGCAGCCUGGCUCCCAGCAAGCAUGGGUCUAAGAAAAUGCAUUUGUGUCAUUUCAAUUAGAUAAUAGAUUUCCUUUUCCUUAUCAAUAAUUUGUCUCAUUAACUUUCUCAUUUCAGGUAACUUUCCAGAGCUAUCUGUAAUUUCAUCAAACCAUGGAAAAUAGAAAUAAUGUUACCAAAUUUAUUCUUCUGGGAUUUUCUCAGAAUAAGAAAGUCUGAAUGCUCUGCUUUUUAUUUUUCUUACUUUGUUAGCUGGCUAUAUGGUUGGGAAAUCUGGUUAUUAUGAUUUCUAUCACAUUCAGCCAGCUAACUAACCAGCCCAUGUACUUCUUCCUUAGUUACCUUGCUCUCUCAGACCUUUUCUACACUUCCACCGUGACACCCAAACUAAUGACUGACUUACUGACAGAAAGGAAGAUCAUUUCUUAUAAAAACUGCAUGACACAACUUUUUACCACACACUUCUUCGGAGGUUUUGAGGUUUUCAUCCUCACAGGGAUGGCCUAUGACCGAUACGUUGCCAUCUGCAAACCACUGCACUAUGCCAUCAUCAUAAACAGGCAAAGAUGUAACUCAAUUCUCUUAGCGUCAGGUGCUGGGGGGCUUCUACAUUCCCUUGGUCUGUUUCUCCUUACAAUUUUUUUGCCUUUCUGUGGCCCCAAUGAAAUAGAUCACUACUUCUGUGAUGUCUAUCCUUUGCUGAAACUGGCCUGCACCAAAACAGACAAAAUCAGUUUCUUAGUGAUUGCCAAUUCUGGCCUCAUGGGAAUGCUGAUCUUCGUGGUUUUGAUGGCAUCCUAUGUGAUGAUAAUGUAUAAUUUGAGAGCAUACUCUGCAGAGAGCCGCCACAAAGUACUUUCCACUUGCAGUUCUCACAUCACUGUUGUGAUUCUGUUUUUUGUACCUGUCAUCUUUAUUUAUAUUAGACCCAAAACAACUUUACCAGAAAAUAAAGUGUUUACACUUUUUUACACAAUUAUCGUCCCCAUGCUCAACCCUCUUAUCUAUACACUUAGAAACACGGAGAUGAAAAAUGCCAUAAGUAAAGUGUGGCAUAAUAAAAUGUUUGUGGAAGGGAAGCAAAUGAUUUGAAAGGCACUUUGAGAUGCAAAUAAAUAUCAUCUCAUGACAACUCCAGACCAUGUAAAAGCCAAGCCUUGAACUACAGCUCGUUAUCAGUGGAGUUCU